CCAACCGUCACAUUAAGGCUACAGACACUGCCAGCCAUUUCCUGCCUGUAAAAACAAAAACAAAACAUAUAUUUUUUUUGGUAUAUAACAUUCUCCUCACGAGCAGUGCUGUUGCUUUUAUUUGUAUUUUAUCCACCUUCUGCUUCGUGGGAGAUUAAAGGAGGAAGACCAUGUCUCCGGCCGCUCAGGAGAGUGGCUCUGGCGUUCAUCUGGCAAGCGCUGCGCUGCUGCUGUUGCUCUCCGGCUGUUCAUGCAUGGAUGUAUUGGUGCAGCCUUACAUUAAUGCACUCAACGGAACAACUACCACAAUCCACUGCACUUUCACCUCCUGCUACAAGAUUGACCUGACAAAGUUUGGCAUGAACUGGACCUACCAAGAGACUCUCAAUGACACAGAGGAGACGUUUAUGAAUUAUUCCCGGAAAAAAAUGCAGCCACUGUCUACAAGCCGAUUUGGAGAAAGGGUUGUGUUUACUGGAAAUCUGGACAAGAACGACUUGUCAAUCACUCUAUCAGAUGUUCAACCCGAGGAUGAGGGGAUCUACAACUGCUAUGUGAAAAAUCCCCCGGACCGCAUCCAAGGACAUGGUCGCAUUCAUUUAAAAGUUGUCACUGAACUUCCACCUCCUAGAGAUUCAACCAUUGCAGUUGCUAUUGGGGCAUCUGUGGGUGGAGCACUGGCUCUGCUGAUCCUUUCAAUGGUGGUGGUGAAGUGUCUUCGCCGACACCAGAAACAAGAACUGGUUUCAGAGGAAAAGAUGGAGGAGGAGGGGAAACUGGAGCCUGAAGCUGUUGCAGAAGAGGGAACCAAACUACCAUAGUUGGAUCUUAACUGGUUCCUCUGGAGCUUCAACAUCCAACACUUCAUCUGACAUGUCCACUUGCUCUCAGAGAAACUUUAGAAGCCACUGCUUAAGUCUUUGACCAGCUGCAUCAACUAUUUGAAUGUGUAUGUGUAUCUAGUGCUUACAAGUGGGAUUUAUUGUGUUUGAGGACUAAUUGCAUGUGUGUGUGUGUGUGUGUGUGUGUGUGUGUGUGUGUGUGUGUGUGUGUGUGUGUGUGUGUGUGUGUGUGUGUGCGCGCAUUUUUUUAAGUUAGCCUCUAAAAUAUGUUUAUUUCAUGUAACAUGUCAGGGACUUAAAACUAUAAACUGGUUUAUCUACGUAUCCAAGUCAACCCAAUGUCACUUUCAGAGCAUUCGCUGUGGCAGGUUAGGGCUAAAAACUUAAUUCCACUUUAAACUUUGAUUCUAACCCCUUCUUUCCAUAAGACGAAAAAGCGGCGUGUAACAUAAUAGCGGUAUUUUACCCACAAGCUCAUUCCAAAGUAGGAGCGUUUCAGAUGUGAAAUGGGAGCAAAAGUGUUCCACACAGCUGAUCCCGUGAGGUCACAAAAUCAUGGGAGAUUUGCAAAGCCAUGCGUGACUUCAGAUGUCCACGCAGUAGCAAGCAAGGAGAAAGACAGUGGCAUGUCGCCAAAAGGGUCAAUGGUUUAUUUUCAGUUUUUCAUUGGCCAGAUCUAAAUUGUGGAUUUUGACUUGUUUUGUAAGAGUUGUGUGUGAAAAAUAGACUCAAAACGUAAUGAUUACAUCCCUUCGCUUCUGGGGAAAGGAACUUGUCCAUUAUACCAGCGGUCAAUUGCUGCGUAGUUCGUUUCGCUGCCGUUCCAUGACACUUUCACGUCUGGUGGAAAGAAGGGGUAACAACUCAACAAAGGCAGCAAAAAAAACAUUGUUUGCCCUUACUUUAUUCAUUACAUGAAUCUAUUUUAAACUAAAGAAAACAGAAUGUAUAACUUAAACUAAACAUCACUACAAAGCCGAGAGGUUGCUUAACUACCUGCGAUACAUUUUUAAAAUAUUAUGGUUUGCAUAUUGUCCUAAAGCCAUUUCCAAUGACUGUCCACAGCUAGUUGUUGUCAGAACGAUAUCAGUUAUCCAGAGACUCAGCCAAAAUAUGUUUACAUGUGUCAGUAAUGUCUACAUGGGUCUCAAACUGAGAUUAUUCUCAAACAUUCCUAUCAAUUUUGGACUUUUGACAAAUCAGCUAUCCCUUUUAAGCUGACUGUGUUUUCAGGCAGAUGUUGUGAUUUGUCAAAAUGGGAAAAGCACAAAUGUAGCUAUGAUCACAUUUAGAACACCUCAACUCUGUUUAAACAGGAAGCCAAUGUUCACUUUUAGACCUUUGACCAUUGUUUCAGUGUCCUGUUUUUUAUAAGGACACAUACUGGCUACUUUACCAGGUACAUCUGUUUUGUUGUUUGUUGGCACAAAUUUCUAAUCAGCGAAUCACAUGGUGGCAAUUGUCUAGAACUAAACUUGCUAAAGUUCAAACUAAGCAUCAAAAUGCAGAAAGAAGGAGAGUUAAGUUACUUUGACUGUGGCGGCUGUUGGUGAAAGAUGGGCUGGUCUGAUUGUUUCAGAAACUACUGAUCUUGAUUUUCAUCCACUACUAUAUCAAGUGUUUAAAGAGAAUGGUCUGAAAAAGGGGAACAUUUGGUAACAUCCAACAUUUGGUAGCUGCUUGCCAAUGCCUUGUUGAUAUCAGAGGUCAAUGGAGAACGAGUAGACUGGUCACGAUAUUAAGGUAACAGAAACUCAGUAACACUCAUUAAACCCAAUGCUUACAAGAUAUCAUCUCUCAACCCCAAAACACAUUGACCCCAGAAGCAGAUGCCACUGGUGUUCGCUACGAACUAGCAACAAUUCACACAGACUCAACAAAACUGGGUAACAAUAGCUUAGAAAAAUGUGUUAUGUUCUCAGCUGCAACAUUCAGGUGGUCAUUCAGAAUUUGGUGUCAACACCAUGAAAGCAUGGAUCCAUCCUGCCAUGUAUCAGUGCUUUAGGCUUCUGUUGGUAGUGUAAUAGAGUGAGGGAGAUGAUCUUGGUCUACUUUGGACAUCUCAGAACCACCUGAGCCUGGUUAUAAACACCACAGCUUACCUAAGUAUUGUUGGUGACAAUGUAUAUCCAUUUAUGACCACAGUGGACCUAUCUUAUGAUGGCUACGUCCAGCAGAAUAAUGCUCCAUGUCACAAUUCUCAGAUCAUCUCCAACUGAUUUCUACAACAUGAAAAUUAGAUCACUAAACUCCGACAGCCUCCAUAAAGGGAAGUUUCUUUGUUGAAUCUGCUUACAUUAUUGAGGCAGUUCUUAGGGCAAAAGGGGUCAAACUCAUACUAGGAAGUAGGGAUGUAAGAAAAUAUUGAUGAGGCAAUAUAAUGCGAUCUUUUUUCCUGCAUUAUUAUAUCAAUAUUUAAAAGCCGUGUAUUGAAAUUUUAGAAGAAUUUACUUGCAAACAUUUGUGUAUUUUCUUUUCUUUUGGUGCAAUUCAAACGCCAACCGCUAGUUAGCAGCAGUGUACAAUAAUAAUAAUAAUAAAGUGAGAAGGAACACAGUACACAAUAAAAAUACAGAUAAAACAACUAAAGGACAAGUAACCAGAAUAAAACAGAAUAAAAUAGAUGAAAUCAAAAACAGUAAGCGGUUCGAAACAAAUGGGUUUUGAGUGUGGUUUUGAAGAGGUUGAAGCUAUCGGUGUUUCUAAUGUCAGGAGGGAGAGAGAUCCAGAGACGGGGAGCAGAGCAGCUGAAAGCCCUACUACCCAUGGUGCUGAGGUGGAAUGAGGGAAUUACCAGAUGGAUGGAGGAGGAAGAUCUGAGAGAACGGCAGGGUGUAGCAAUGGUAAUGAGGCUGGCAAUGUAUGGAGGGGAUAUGGAAUGGAUGGCUUUGAAUGUAUGGAGUAGAAUUUAGAAAAUGGAUCUGAAUUUUAUGGGAAGCCAAUGAAGCUGCUGGAGGGCCAGGGUGAUGUGGUGGAAAAUGUCAGUUCUAAUAAUACAUGCUGCUGAAUUCUGAACAAGUUGGAGUUUGAGUGAGUUUGCUAGGGAGACCAUACAGAAGUGAAUUACAGUAAUCAAGGUGGGAGGUAACAAGGCUAUUGACUAGGAUGGCUGCAGCGUUAGACGUAAGGGAAGGGCGGAGACGAUUUAUGGAUCAGAGGUGAAAGUGUGCUGACCGAGUUAUGUUAUUGAUAUGAGCCUGAAACGAGAGAGAGCUGUCGAGGAUGACACCCAGACUCUUAACCUGAGGGGUGGGGGUAACCGUGGUGUUGUCAAUGGUUAUGGAGAAGCUGUCAAUUUUGGCAAUGCUGGACUUCGCACCGACCAGGAGAAGUUCAGUUUUACGUAAAGUAGAAUGAGAAUAGAAAUGAGACCAGAAUCAGCAGCAAGAAGUAAAUCAUUAGUUAUACGAAUGAGAGCGGUUUUGGUGCUGUGAGGUGGGCGGAAGCCAGACUGAAAAUGUUCAUAGAGCUUAUUACAUGUGAGAUGGGAAUGAAGUUGUGAUGCCACAGUUUUCUCUAAAACUUUUGCAAUGAAGAGAAGGUGUGAGAUGGGACGGAGGUUAUUGAAGUCAUUAGGAUCUAAACCAGGCUUUUUUGUUAUGGAACUGACUGCUGCAGAUUUAAAAGGAGAAGCAACUGUUCCAGAUGAUAAUGAAGAAUGAAUAAUUGCUGUAAUGAAAGGGAGCAGAGACGGGAGGCAUGAUUUAACAAGGACUGUGGGAAGGGGAUCUAACAAACAGGUGGAAGGUUUCGACUUUGAGAUUAGUUCAGAGAUUUCUGAUGGGUGAGGUAAUUUAAAGGAGGCAAAGUGAAGGGAGGGAUUAAAGAGGUCAGCAGAGGGAUCAGGCAGAGGGUGAGUACCAAGGUUAUGGUGCAUUCUGUGGACCUUAUCAUUGAAGAACUGGAGGAGGGAGUUACAGGUGUCCGUGAAGUAUAAGUGGAUAGGCAGUGAGUCCGGUGGCUGAAAAAUCUUGUUAAAGAUAGAAAAUAGAGUCUUAUUGUUAGCAGAGUUGGAACAAAUGAGGUUGGAAUAAAACUGUGAUUUGGCGUGGAUGAUGGUGUCCUUAUAGAGUGCGAUCUGGGCAGUGUAGUAGUCCAUAUGGAUGGUGAGGCCAGUUUUCCUAUAGAGUCUUUCCAGUCUGCGAUUUGUGGCCUUCAUGGAGCGUAAGGCUGGGGUUUGUUCCCACCAUUGAAAUGUAAAUCCCUCUAUUAUGGUUCAGAUACCUCAUGUUAAACAUGUUACUUAUCAAUUAGGACUGUUUAUUGAAUUUUCCUACAAUAAUUUCAGUCUAAAAAAAUCGCUAAUAUCGUCUGGCUGAAUGUAUCGCAAUGAAUCGUGAAAUAUCGUAUCACCAGAAUUUCACCAAUACACAUCCCUACUAGCAAGGUGUUGUACCUAAUAAAGUAACAAGUAAGAGUAUUUGAUAAAUUACCCCAAAAAGGAGGCAUGUUCUUUUUUUUGUGUUAACAUGGAGCUUUAAUAUACUGAUAUAAAAUACUUACAAAACUUGCAGCUCCAGUAAAACAUAAAGUCACUUGCACAUCAUGAAAAGUGAGAAACGUUAGUGCCAUGGAGACUUUCCACACAGACUUUUGCCACACACACAAAUCCACCAUUUGCUAUGGAGUGUGUGCUGUAGUUAGAGAUAAAAUGCAUUAUUAACUGUAUAAUGAUACAUAUCAAAGUUGAGAAACUGACAUUUGCGUCCACAGAUAUUCGUUAUAUGACAGCGUGGACCUUUGUUAAUAUUUAUGUGAACAUGUAACAAAGGUGCAAAUAGUUUUAGUAAUAAUUAACCCAUAACACACACUAAUACAAGCUUAACACCUGCCAAAAAUAAACCUUUAGAAAAUAAUACCAAAUGACCAACAAUAAAGUGUUUACAAUCAUGAGAAGUACACACAAUGCAGUACUAAUAAACUUAUGUUUAUUCUUGAGGUGGGAAUAUCCACUAAAGCUGGUAUAAUGUCUGGCAGCUGACGCAUUAAUAUUUUACUAUACCGCCAUUCAUGCAUGUUACGUAUCACAUGUCAAAAAGAGGAAAAAAGCAUUGUCUGAUUUAAAAACAGAUGUAGUAUUUAGCUUAUUACAGAAAAAAGCAUCGUGAGUCGAAGCAUGCCGAUCACUUUCUGCAGCCGUCAAGUGAAACAAUCUGUCAGACAAAGUAAUGCACAUAUUUGAUUGCUAAUCCAUUUCAUUUUGUGCUUUUCCCUGCACAAAUUUUAACGUGUUGAAGUUAUUUAGUUGCACUUUGAUGUAAUUGAUAUUUACCAAAUCAUGAAUAUUUUGUACCAUAGAGAAAAAUAUAAUCUUACACUCUAUAUUGUUUAACUUUAAGUGGAAUUCAAAAUGAAAAAUAUUUUUUAGAGAUUAUAAAAUAACUGAGAGUAAUUGUGCAAUUGUAUAUACUAUUAGAAGAUUAUAGUUAAAGUCAAUUAGGUGAGAUGUUUUAAAAACUGAACUUAUCUCUGACUGGAAAGUAAAAUUGUUCUCUCAACAGUGAUGAGUGGGUUUUGCACAUCAUAUAUGUAAUAUUCAUGUCAUAUAUGUACUAUUCAUGUAAUACAAUCAGCCAGUUAGGAACUACAAUAAAGUGAUGUUUUGUCUUAGUUCUAAAGUCAGAAAAGCUGUAAUGUCACAUUUCAUGAGAUGCUGCUUCCUCUUUGUAGCCACACAUGUUUACUUUGCAGGGCUUACAGACCCUAAGGUGAUGGCAGAUCAACAUUUGAGGCAAAUGAAAGUGUAUGAAACAAUAGUUUAACAAAAUUAUAUAUUAGUACUUCUUUCUGCUUCCUUCCUUCAGCAAUGAGUUUGCCUUGAAUAGUUGUUCUUGCAUCACUUUGACACCAAAUCAAUGCUUGCACUGUGCUGCUGUAGAACACAAAGAAACCACUACAUUAUGUAUUUGAAAUAAAGUUCUGGGAAAAAAACUCA